CCCCACUCGGGCUUCGACCUCCCGUACCUAGCCCACCUAAUACCCAUCACCCAAUUCCACAAGACAUUUCAAUUAUUCCCACACAUUCACAAGAUAUAUCUACUUCACUCCACCAAGAAGAUAAUCCUUCCUCUACAACCAAUACACCCGUUCGUCGCUCAUCUCGUCUAACCGGACCACCAAAAUGGACCUAUGAUUAUGUCCGCCGACUCUCCACCUCG